AUGGUAAGGGGAAGGGGAUGGCAUAGCAUAUUGAGGUUCCCUCCAACCGCCCACCUUCCAGUCCAGGCUGCCUGGCCAGGAUCUGGUGUGAACCAGAGCCCAGAAACAAAGAGAAGAAGAGAGACCAAACAAAGAGAGAAGAAGAGGGGAAAUAGCUCACACACGCCCUGCUGGACUGGAAAGGCGCCUCAGUUUUGCCUACGCUACGCCUUACCUUGGGCAACUCGAGGGAAGGAAAAAGAAAAGAAAGAACAAGCUGCAAAGAAUCCGAAAAACGAGGGGGUUAAUAUAGUUGAAAAUCGAGGUCUACCUUGGCGAAGGUUGAUCUUAGAGAGAUGCUUGUGUUAA